AUGAGGAUCGGUUGUGUUCAGUUCGCGCCGCAGGUCGGCGAUGUCGACAAUAACCUCAACCGCGCCGAUGCUGUCCUGAGCAGAGCGAACCCCGAGGAACUCGAUCUUCUGGUCCUGCCUGAAAUGGCCUUUUCAGGCUACAACUUCAAGUCCUUAGAACACAUCGCACCAUAUCUCGAACCAUCCGGCUCUGGAAUCACGGCAUUAUGGGCUCGCACCACCGCGCUGAAGUACAACUGUAUCGUCGCUGCUGGAUACCCGGAGAAAGUCGACCCUUCACCCAAGUGGCCAACCGGCCCUGAGUAUUACAACUCGGCAAUCAUUGUUAAUAGAGACGGCGAGACGGUUGCAAAUUAUCGGAAAAGUUUCUUGUAUUACACCGAUGAGACAUGGGCGCUGGAAGGUGAUACUGGGUUUUUCGAAGGAUACAUCCCGGGCCUUGGCCACACGUCGAUGGGCAUCUGUGACCCCCAUAAGUUUCAAGCACCUUGGCACGCCUUUGAGUUUGCCUUUCACGUUCUCGAGUACUCCUCCAACUUCGUCAUUGUCUCCAUGGCCUGGAUGACACGCGAGGAUAGCAGGAUGUUCAGUCGUAUGCCUAACGAGCCUGACAUGGAGACCUUGACCUACUGGGUCACCCGCUUGGAGCCCCUCAUCAGGGCUGAGAAUGAUGAGGAGAUCAUUGUUGUGUUCUGCAACCGUACAGGCACUGAAGACGAAGCUGUCUACGCCGGGACGAGUGCAGUUGUUGGGAUUCAUGAUGGCGAGGUCAAGGUCUAUGGCCUGCUUGGUCGAGGAGAAAAGGAGCUUCUCGUUGUCGACACGGACAAUCCUCCGUACGCCAAGCUCCUGUACCGCCCGGAUGCCGACAGUUCAGAACCGGCACAAGGCGAACUACAGAAGAUGUCACAAUCGCCAGCGCCGGGACAAAAGCCGCCAUCAAACUCUCAAGAGACGCAAUCUUCGCCAAAGGGCGAGCAUUCGAAGGAGCCAUUAUCGUCAACCAAACCCCCCACUUCACAAGCCGCCAUCGGCAAUGCCAUGAAUAACACGACGGCGACAUCUUCGAAACGCACGAGACCGAGCCCGCAGAUUCAAAUCCCUCAGCACCCCCAACGCCGAGAGCCAGUUUCGGCCACAUCAGCAACAUCAGCCAAAUCCACUGGUUCUCAUGAUAUACCAACACCAACUGCACCGAGUCCCACUCCACAGGCUGUCCGGCCUAAAUUAAUCAUUCCGCAGUCGCCGCCAUUUGGCAGUUGGGCGGAAGCCAAUAGCCCGCAACCUAUGAGUACGCAGUCCACACAUUCAGUUCGGUCGGUCCAGUCGGUCCAGUCUAUUCGCUCAAACCAAUCAAUCAGGUCGAAUGAGAGGCCCCCAGCAGAAAGCACUCCCUAUCCCGACAGUGGUCUGCCCCUAAGCGGAUACCCCAGACCAAUCCCGGACAUGCAUGUUUACGGGGGCGAGGUCACAAUUACCCACACAGAGGACUCGUUCAGUCCCAUCACUCCCUUUGACGACAUGUCGCCGAUAGCCAGUCGCUAUCUCUGGCGGCCCUCGUCCUCUUCGAUUCGAACCCCUAUCGACGCUGCAUUACAUACUCCGGUUGAUCCUAACGAUUGGCCACCGUUUGCGCCGUCCCCCGUGGGAAGGAGGACCCCCAAAGCCUUUAAUGCUCCAACACCGCAACCUGAACCGGUGAAGCGGACGCAUAGCUCGAACACGAUGCGAUCGAGCAGUACUACGCGCACAUCUAGGAAAGAUGAGCGCUACUCGAAUAAGCUUAAAUCACGAGAAAGGAGCUCUAGCAGAUCUCCCCCGAUGAGCCAGGGUCCUACAACUGCAACGGAUGACCACAGCGGACAAGACAACCAUCCUUCGCGUCCUUCAUCCCCAAAGUCACGAAAUGCCAGCCGCAACAGAAAUCAUGAACGUUCGGAUUCAAGCCUGGCUCACCGCGAUAUGGCAGCGGCGGUAUCGCAGCAUUUGGAUGGCAUAUCGCAGCGAGCAGAAUCGGCCAAUCGGUUCCGUAAUGAAGAGACACAGUCUCCCAUUCCCGACAGGCCCAGCUCGCCCAAGUCACGCAACUGUAGCCGAAGCCGUCCCACCGAAGCCGCUGCAUCCAUCUUGAUUGGGGCAAACCCCAGCAUUUUUGGCACUGAGAUGGCACGUCCUCAGUCCAGUCUUGCGCGCCCAGGAGUGCAAAACUCACCGAGGCCGAUGUCCCGCAUGGGCCAUCGUUCCAGAUCUGCAUCGACAUCCGAGGAAAGGGAACCACAUUUCUCGAGGGUGCGUGAACGAUCCAGGACGCCGACUGCCAUGGACAGGACAAAGAUGCGCCCCCAGCCUCGGUCUACAUCCAGAGGUGUUGCGUUUUCCCCCGUUGCCUCAUCUUCUGACGACCAAGCUUUCUCCCUCGAUCGAGCGCGCUCAGAGCUGCAACAAGAAUACGAGCGGCGGGCGUCUGGGUCGUCGAGCGGAUCCGGUAGCCCUCCUGCCGCCGCCAUACAAGACUUUGAAGCUGUCGAAUCUGUUGUUUGCCCCAACUGCCCUGUCCACGGUGCACAAGUGUCAAGCAGCCCUGGCUCUGCCACAGAUGCUGCCGCUGGACAGGACUCGUCCCCCGGUUCCGAAGCCACUAUCGCAGGGAAUUCGCCUCUGCCUCUUACAAAUGAUAUUGAGCGCACCGCGAGUCAGGGUUCUCAAACCACGCCGGACGGUGUUGCCUGUAGUGACUCUGGUUCACUAGCCGAGACUGUUGACACAGUUUCAACUCCUGGCCGCUCGCCGUCGACUCCAUCUUUUGAGACUCGAACACCGAAAGCAGAAGUGUUCGUCAACGACACAGAAGCGUUAUUCGAGGACGAAGCCAUACGACAUCCAAGUCCAGAAUCCAAGGGGGUUUCCCCUGAUGCUGUAGAAGGGGAUAUUUUGAGAAUGGCCACAGCCCCCAGCGGCGUGGCCGUCUAGAACACGGAAGAAGACAUGGCACACAUACAAGGAGUUUACGGUAGGCAAAGGUAGCCAAAAGACAGGGCGAACUCGGUGUUUGACGGAUUGCUGCUCGGGAGGAGCAGCGGGCUUGUUGACUUGCGUUAUGACAUGUCCAUUUUGGUUUUGUUUUCCCGUUCACUUAUGACCUGAUCACCCCAACGAUUGAUAUCCGUUCCUCAUCCCUGUUCAGCAUAGCGGAGUUAGAGGUCUUGGCCAGCAUGGCAGUUGUUCGCUCACGAGGACAUGUAUGUACUAGGCUAGUGAAUAAUCCAACAACGAUACAG